AUGAGUAAUCUAAAAGGAACAAGUAGGGUUAUGGUCGUUGCAAUACUCAUAGCAGCAUGUGUGUUUAUGAUCAGCAACAUGGCGGCUGGAAAAGAUAUUGGAUAUCCAGCAAUACGUAGUGGCGAUGGUCCUCAUGGCUGUGAUCCUAAACACCCUGAAACAUGUCACCCCCCGCAACCAGUUAAUCCUUACAAACCGGGAUGUCCGCCCUCGGCAAGAUGUAGAGGUGGCCCGCCAGGUCGUCCAAUAAUCAGUAUGUAG